AUGAACUUCCUGCUUGAUCUCCUUGCUUGUCUAGUGCGACUCAUCCGAUGGUCAUUCGGGCUUUUCAGAGCACCGCACUCUGAGAAUGUUCCCCAGCCAGACCCUCCGUCUUCCCCAUCUUCUACCAGCCCCCCGCUACUUCGAGAAAAAUCGUCCCUUAUUUUGACGCCAGACUUUGAUUCCAGCUCGGGCACCGCGCUGCAAAAUCUUCAACAGGGUCUCAAAAAGUACCGCCUGGAGUCCUGCGUCGAUCGGCACUUGGAAUUUGUCGCGGGACCUAUCGUGCAACGGUUGGUUGAAGACAACAUCGAAGCCAUCCUCGAAGAGAGAUCUCUCGGAGACGUUGAACACAUUUCUUCACAUUGCCAGCUAAUCUCUAAGCAUGCGACAAGACUCUUCGCAAUAUUUGUGGAGCUGAAGCGAGAGGAAUGCAUCAUACCACUCCUUAGGGAGGGAAUACAUGAUGAUAAUCUUCCAUUUCAGAGGGUCCAAACACCUACUCAACAUACAAUGGCCCUUGUCACUCGACAGGGUACAAAUGUACAUGCACUGAGGGGCUGGGACAACGAAGCUAUCAAUAUUUUGGACAAGAAACAGUAUCGCUUCUUGAGUCCUAUAUUUCGACGGGGCGAGCAUUACAAGCUUGACGACUUACAUAUACUACCGUUCCUCGACCACGAGGCAGACCAUGAGGGCAAGGCACAUGCAGAGGGGGGUUAUGGGCAGGUGUUCCGAGCUUGCAUUCAUCCAGACAACCAUGAGUUCGAAGAUUCCUCCGUUCGUCCGCGUCGGGGCCUUUUUGUAGCCGUCAAGCUUUUGUUCCAUAAUGACGACUUCGAGCCUGAACGAAAUGUCUACCGGGCCCUGGGCCAUUUAAGCCAUGACCAUCUGAUUGACCUGCUGUUUACUUAUAAGAUAAAGAAUCGUUAUCACCUGGUAUUCCCGUGGGCUGAUGGAAGUCUGAAGGACUACUGGGAGAAAUACCCGGAGCCGGUAUUUACUCAUCAAACUCUUCUGUGGUCCGUGGAGCAGAUGAAAGGCAUUGUCAGUGGAUUGGCCUACUUUCAUGAGUUUACAAACCCAGAGCAUGGACAGACCCGAUUUGGACGCCACGGUGAUAUCAAGGCCCAAAACAUACUCUGGUUUCGCCACGCAAAUAUUCUGAAAAUAGCGGAUUUGGGGUUAGCCAGAGUUCAUGGCAGACACUCUAGGUCCAACGUGCCCCCAAGCACAGUUGUUGCCUCCCCUACAUAUUCCCCCCCGGAACAUCAGCGAGGACACCCAGUCUCUCGCAGAUGGGAUAUCUGGAGCCUUGGAUGUUUAUAUUUGGAGUUCGUAACAUACCUUAUUCUCGGAAACGAUGCCAUUGUCGAGUUUUCCAGCCAGAGAAAAGGGCCCACCGAAAUCCGUGAAUUGACCUCUGAUGUCUUUUACUCGGAAGACGCUCAGGAGGUGAAUCCGGGUGUUAUUGUCUGGGUUGCCCAUUUAAGACACAGCCAACGGUGCUCGAGAGCAAUGCACGACCUCUUGGACCUCGUUAUGGAUGAGAUGCUUGUGGUCGAUCCUGAUGCCCGAAGCAGCUCACGGCAAAUAUACAAGAAAAUGGAGAAGCUAAUCAAACGCGUCGAGGAAGAAAAGAAGUAUCUGAUCAAACCUAAGCCCUUGGCUCUCGGUCACUCGAGAAGGCUCCCUCGCAUGUUUGAAUCUCUCCUACAACCCCAGCCUCUAAGCGCAGCCCCGAGGAGUCAUACUUGGAACCUAUGA